AUGGGGAUACCUUUAUUUGGGGAUAGCAAGCCUUUCUAUUUCCGGAUUUGGAAUGGACUAAGUGAGAAGUUGCAAGGCAAAAAAUCCUGGGAUAAACAUCUGGAUGAAAUCUACUUACUCCAGCAGAAAAGGAUCUGGGAAUCCCCACUCCUCCAGGCUGCCAAGGAGAACAACCUCCCAGCCAUUACAAAACUUCUCACUGACGGAACAUGUGAUAUCUAUCAGAGAGGGGCAGUGGGGGAGACUGCUCUUCAUGUAGCUGCCUUGUAUGAUAAUGUGGAGGCUGCAGUGACUUUGAUGGAAGCAGCUCCUGAGCUUGUCAAUGAGAGGAUGACAUCAGAGCUCUAUGAAGGGCAGACAGCUCUCCACAUUGCAGCAGUGAACCAGAACAUCACUUUGGUGAAGGCUUUACUCAAGAAAGGGGCCAAUGCCUGCACAGCACAGGCCACUGGGCACUUCUUCAGGCGCAGCUCCCAGAAUCUUCUCUAUUUUGGAGAGCAUGUUUUAUCAUUUGCUGCCUGUGUGGGAAAUGAGGAAAUCGUGCAGUUACUCAUUGAAAAUGGAGCUGACAUUAGAGCUCAAGAUUAUCUGGGUAACACUGUUCUUCACAUCCUGGUUCUCCAACCUAAUAAGACAUUUGCCUGCCACAUGUACAGCCUGAUACUUUCCUAUGACAGGAACAAAGAGGGACCAGGAUCACUUGAAUUGAUUCCUAACAAUGAGGGGCUUACUCCAUUCAAACUGGCUGGAGUUGAGGGCAACACUGUGAUGUUUCAAUACCUUAUGCAGAAGCGGAAGCACAAUCUCUGGUCCUUUGGCCCCUUGACCACUGUGCUCUAUGAUCUCACAGAGAUUGACUCCUGGGCUGAAGAUCAGUCCUUCCUUGAGCUCAUUGUCUCAACCAAGAAGAGAGAG